AGUAGAAGAAGAAUGAAGGACUUUCUAGCAGAGGGAAGUCAGGCAGGUCAAACACUGUUGCGUUUGGUCUCACGUGGAAAUGCAAUCAUAGCAGAGAUGUUACGUCUCAGCUCACAUAUACCAACGGUGUUCAAGUUGGAGGAUCGUGCCGAUCGUGCAAAGUACUCAGACAUCCUCAUGGACUUUAAAUUCCUUGCCAACCCAGAUUACUUUGAGGCAAAGAUUGAGGAUAACAGAGACCUAGUUGACCUUGAAGCAGAGUUUAGAGAUAACCAUAUAGAUAUCUUGGUCCGUUUCUAUCAUCUCUUUGAGAGUGUCUACAAGUACAUCAAGGACCUUGAGCACUAUCUCAUCGAUGUCGAGAAGGGAUUCUACAUUCAUUUGACUAUUGAGUCAAUCUUGAUGAACAAUGAUGGCAAACAAUUGGUAUCAGAGUCCAUUUAUCUUUAUGGUGUAAUGUUGAUAUUGAUGGACAACCUCAUUGAGGGACCAGUGAGAGAGAGAAUGUUGGUGUCCUACAUGAGAAACAAGGGCCCAGUCGAUCUGCCCUUUAUCGAUGACGUCUGUAAGCUGUGCAAGUCCACUGGAUACCUACCAGGCAUGGCCAAGCGACCAAACAACUAUCCAGAGGAGUACUUUGCUCGCGUUCAAAUCCCACAGAGUGUUCUGUCAUUGGUUAUUGGUCGUCUUCAAUCCGAUGACAUCUACAACGGUACUAGCACAUUCCCACAUCCAGAGCAUCGUAGUGUAGCCCUUGCCACCCAGGCCAGUAUGCUAUACAUCAUCCUCUACUUUUGUCCAGACCUUUUACAGAACAAGAUGGCAACAAUGAGAGAGAUUGUUGACAAGUUCUUCCCAGACAAUUGGGUGAUUGCAUUCUUCUUGGGAUUCACUGUUGACUUGUCAGUGGCUUGGGAGCCAUACAAGGCAGCAAAGACAGCUCUGGCCAAUACUACCACUCAACAGAACAUCAUGUAUCAACAACAGAGAUAUUGGAAGGAUGUAGUUGUCUUGAACAAACAGGUUGAGGCAUUCCUCGUUGAAGGUGUAAUGACCGAGGAGUACAUCAUGGACAACAUUCAAAGGAUCAUCGGAACACUAAGAUCCUGUAAUGCAACCAUUCGUUGGUUAAUGUUACAUACCAACGCAUCAACAAAGAAGUUUAGAGAUAUAAUUGCAGUUGGAUCACAGGAUGAUGUAUUGCAAUUGUUGUUAAACACUGCUCAACUAGAGUUUGUGUUUAAGAACAUCUUCCAAACACUGUUGGACACAAAGGCCGAUCGUUGGGAGGAGAACAAGAAGCUGGCCGCAGAGAGUAUGACUGAGUUGUCAGAGUACUUUAGUGGAGAGAAGGCUUUGACACGUGUCAAGAAGAAUGAGAACCUCCAAAAGUGGUUCGGCGAGAUCUCGGGCAAGAUCAACGCGUUGGACUUUGUCGACAACACGUCCACCGGCAGACGUAUCCAACAGCUGAGCAUGGCUCUCGAGGAGGUUGAACAGUUCCAGCAGAUCGACUCGUCCAUCCAGGUCAAGCAGUUCCUCAUCGAGACACGUCAGUUUUUGACAAAGAUGAUCAAGAUUGUCAACAUUAGAGAGGAGGUGCUCGUUCAUCUGUCUGUGUGCGCCGACAUUUCCUACGCUUGGGACAUUAUCAACAACUAUGUCGAGCAAAUGCAACGCGGUAUCAAGAACGACCCAGGCUGUGUGCUCAAGCUUCGUGCCACUUUUUUAAAGUUGGUGUCCAUCCUCGAUCUCCCACUGGUGCGUAUCUCACAGUGUGCCAGUCCGGACUUGAUCUCUGUGUCAGAGUACUACUCUGGCGAGUUGGUUGGCUACGUGCGUAAGGUUCUCGAGAUUGUUCCAAAGAGUAUGUUUGUCAUCUUGAAGCAGAUCAUUGACAUGCAGACCAACUCGAUCAAGGAGUUGCCAACCAAGAUUGAGAAGGAGCGUCUCAGAGACUUUGCACAGUUGGAUCAACGUUAUGAUUUGGCCAGAGCAACCAAUGCCGUUUCUGUGUUCACCGAGGGUAUCCUGGCGAUGGAGACCACAUUGGUCGGAGUGAUCGAAGUUGAUCCCAAGCAACUGCUCGAGGAUGGUAUCCGUAAGGAGUUGGUAUUGCAAAUCUCGAUGGCCAUGGACCGAACCCUAGUCUUUAGGAAUGAGAAGAAGGGUGUGGACGAGCUGCACCCACGUCUCAAGGAGCUGUCCAACAUCCUCGAUGGUUUCCGUCGUUCAUUCCAGUACAUCCAGGACUAUGUCAACAUUCAAGGUCUUAGGAUAUGGCAAGAGGAGUUCUCUCGUAUCGUCAACUACUAUGUGGAGCAAGAGUGCAACCAGUUCCUCAAGAAGAAGGUGUUUGACUAUCAAUCAUCCUACCAAUCGGUGGCCAUCCCCAUCCCAAGAUUCCCAUCGGUGGACCAGUCGGUCAACAUGAUUGGUCGUCUCGGUCGUGAGCUUCUCCAACAGACCUCCUGUCGCAACACACUCUACCUCAACCAGAUUGGAUGGUUCGACCCAAGCACUGGCAAGGAGUUGGUUGGCAUCAACACAUGGACCAUGCUCCAACAGAGUGUUGGUAUCUUUGGUCUCACCGGUCUGGACAAGCUUUACUGCUUCAUGAUGGUCAAGGACCUACAAGUCUUUGUCAACCAGAUUCGUCAGUUGGUAGAGAAGAGUCUAAAGGGUUUCAUCAAUGAGUUUGAAGAUUCCCUUAGACCAACAUCCUCCAUACCAGACUCUGUUGAUCGUUAUAACAAUGCACUGGAAAAGACCAAGGGACUAUCUCCAAUCUUUAUUGAUGUAUUGACAAAGAUUGGACAGAUACAACUUAUCAGAAGACAGAUAUCAAAUCAACUUAAUUUCCAUUGUAAAAUAGAUAGUAAUAUGUUAUACUGUGCCUUGGAGACAAUGAAUGGAUCACUGAUCAAUGACAUUCAGGCACAUUUCCAAAGACCCGACACUUCUCCAUACCCUGGUGAGGACAACACUCUCCUCUUUGACUUGGCACAGUACUUGGACACUGCCGGUAUCAAUGAUCCAUACACCAAGAUCUAUAUCACCACUAUGCCACUGGAGGCAUUCCCAUGUCUGUUGUUCCUGGUGGUACUGUCACAGGUGACCAAGUUCCAACUCAACACCAAGCUCUGUGUCAUGCAAUCAAAGAAGCAAAAGAACAGUUACGAUUGGACACCAUUCAUUGUCGGUGUCAUCACCAUCCUCAAGCAGUUCCACUCUCUGCACACACAAAAGUUCCUCUCAUUCCUUGGACAAUAUAUUAGAUGCCAAAUCAAUUCGGCACUUGCAAAUCCAAAGGAUAACAAGGAUGAGGAUUAUCCAGAGGAGGUCAUUGGACUGCUUCGCUUCCUUGAGGACUUUUGUAAAUACAGUCACACUCCAAGGAAGAUCGUGGAGGGCUACGUUCCAGCCUACAUUUUCGAUUACUAU